ACACCGCGGAUGCCUCACUGACGCGCGUGUUUCUCGUUGAGAAUGUAAACAAAAUUCUGUACGUGUAUUCAGGCAAUGUUUUUCCCCGCAAUUCACCAGUGAUUGCGUUCACUUUUUUUGUUAUUGAAAUUGUGAGAACAAAGGGCGGAGAUUGCUCGGUGUAAAUUGUUUGUAUUUAGUUUAGUAUUUUUUUUAAAACGGGAAGUGUGAGUUUCGAGGUGAGUGAUUGCGGCGAAUUAACGACUUGGUGGUGUUGAUUUCAACAAUUGGGGGGAAGAGAUUAAUUGUGGAGACAGCUAUCACGUGGUGACGACAACGGGGCCGUUGUGGGCGAUUCUCACGGAGUGUUUGGCGUGAAUCUGUGCUAUUGGAUUGGAAAUAUCGGGCGGCGUGGGAAACAAGGGAGUUGGGGGCUCGAUAAUCGAGUAGCUGAUGGGGUUCAUCGGUGUCGAAGAUGAACAAAAAGUCUGCGCCAGCCGACAUGAACUAUUCUCCUUGUGAUGCAAAAUGAUCGAUUACAAGACGAGUCCCUGAAUGCGAGGACGGCAAGAUAAAAGACGCCGAGGAUAAUCGUAUUUCCAGAAAAAUGGGAAACAGCAGCUCCCAUCAACACUGUCCGACGAAUUUAGCAUCUCAGGAGAUGGGACGCGGUUGGACACAAUCAUUUCCCCGUGAAUUGACGCGACACCACUCACAACCCCCGGGGCACAAGGUCCUGCCUGAACCACCCAAUCAGCGUUUACGUGCUACCAAUAAUGGUAAUAUCAUUCACAACGGUGGCACCAUAAGUGGCCGAAGACCAUCAGCUUUGACGCUGCCGCACGAUCUUAACAAGCAAGAGGCACACCGCAGCAGAAGUGCCUCAAACAUGGCACCCCGUGCCCGCGAUCACGGCAACCACCACUACUGCAGUGGUCACUACCGUCCCUGCAACGGCAGCUGCCGCGGCUCGGAAAUGAUGGAAAUAAAGCGAUUCGGAAGUGAGCCGGACCUUCGUUACUCCCCAACCGAGCCAAGACGUCACAACGAGACCCGUCACUCUGGCUACUACCCCGAACGGGAGAGCCGUUACCGCGGCAAAAAGAAGUACAAAGCCCCAGCACCGCCGACCAACGGUGAUGGCUCAUCACCAGACUCUUACAAGUGGGAAAUUAUCGGCCGAGAGCGUGAAAAUAUGAGACAGGAGGAUGAUCCCAGCGUUCAGCCGCCACCAAGAAGAUCGAGACUCUUCAAGACCCGUGCCGAGACCAAAAGACAAUCAAGUAAUUGGCAGUCACAGCAGGAGAAUAACGACAGCCUCUUGGACAGCGACAGAAGAUGGCGCAGCGGUGAUAAUCGAGGAUCCGGCAAAGAGAAUAGAUCGAUAUUGAGGGAGUAUCACGAGCAGGAUCGAUGGUCCAGAGACGACAGGAAGAGAUCCAAGAAAUUUGACGGUAAGAACACGCUCCAGCGGAGUCUAUCGAGCCCGGAAUUCCAGGCUGAAUUGAUGCAGGUCGCGAGAAAAGUCCGUAACAAACUCAGUUACAACAAGAGAGUUGGACCGGUUGGUGCUGCAACAGUGACCACCACAACUGAACAGCGCACUGAUUUGCGAAUUUCAAAGUCUAUGACGUCCAUCAUCGAUAGCACGAGGGAUAAUCAGUGUGAUCGCAAGAAUGCCCGAGUGACACGAGGCAAAAACAAGAGUGUUGAGGAGCCAUUGGAGAAUAGACGUGAUGAAAUUCGGAGUUCAGCGAGAUUUAAUGGUGAUAAAAAAUUUCAAGAACGUGCUAGGAGUGAGAACGGAGUCAUUAGGAGCCAUCAGGAAGUACGUUUAUACGAGGAGAGCAGAAUGGACACUCAACAUGUUGAGGAACGUGAGAAUGUUAGCCACAGGAGAAGAGUUCGUGAAAAGUCGACGACCUAUGAGGACAAGGUCAUUGGUAAUGAUUGUACUGAUUUCAAUGGGGGUGGCAAAUUAUUGAAUGGACAGUGUCAUGGGGAGAAGAGAAAUGACAGGGUAAAGAUGGCUGAUGGUGGCUGUAAAAAUGAGAUGAAGGGGGAGGUGGGUAGAACGAGGUCGGAUAGCCCGGGACAGCGGUUGUGCAGAGACAGAAUAGAUGUCAGGGGUCAAGGUUCUGGGAGAGAGAGUACGCCGGAGCCACCGAGGGGAGAGAAUGAGAAGAUCGCGGAUAACAGGAGGAGAAGAAAUGAGAAGGUGGAAAUCACUGGGAAUUGUGAGAAAUGGACAGCUGGGGGUAAAACGGAAAAGUAUCAGGUGAUGGCUUACGAGAAUAACAGCACGAAGGAAUCGAUGGAGAUCGUCAAGAAGAAUUGGAAUGUCAACAAUGGUUUAUCGACGAAAGAGAAACAGCCCGCGAAGAAAUUCUACUUUGAUACCGAGGAUAAUAAAGUGGAGACGAGUACUCAGCACAAGACCAACCGGAUUCAAAAGCGACUGCAUGAAAAGGAAUACACCAAGUCUCAGAAUGAGGUUGAUGAGAUAAAAAUUCAAAACGAAGAUAUAGCCCUUAAAUUACGUCCGACCUUGCCGAAGAAGCAAUUGGAGAUUCCGCGAUUCUCACCGUCGGCUGCGUGGAGAUUGUUGUCCGCCUUGGAGACACCAGGACCGACCAUGAGCACAGCCAGUGAAGAAAUGCCAGUAAUGUACGAAGAGCGUAUCGAAAGGUUAUCGAGGCCGCCCCCUCCCCUGAUAGCCCUGGGUCCCCGGAGCUCCCACGACAAGUCCGGGGACUCCGGCAUAUCCGGGGACGCCGGAGGGCCGAACGAGGACUCCCCGAACAUCAGCACCAACCGACUGAAAACCCAGGCAUCGAGGCCCACCUGGACCCCCCAACAGGACCUCGGGGAGGAGUCUAGCAGUGACGCAGGUGUCGAUUCGCCCCCCCCAAUGCCCCCUUCCGUCAAAUUUCCCUCCAGACCCCACGUAUUCUCCCUCUCCCUCCCCAGAGACGACAAUCGCCACACAGUCUACACAGUUGACAAGACAAAAGACAACGGAUCCUUCAAUUCCCUCCAGAAGAUCAAAAAAUCGGUGUCUGGGGCGUUUGGACUGGGCUCCGGGGAAUUCGAGAGGAAGCGAAACGAAAUGCUCGACGACAACUGGCUGCUGUCCACCAGUGCUCCCACAUCACUACAGCACAACCAGGUGAACCACAUCGGAAGUAACAGGGAGAAUGGGGGCAACUCCCCAGGAUGGGACACUAAUUUCGCUGUUGAGAAUUUCGAGGACGAGCCGAUGGAGGAGGAUAAGCCCGACUUUCCCGUUGUCAUGAAGCCCCCGUCGUUCUCAUAUCUAGCGUCAGGAGGGCAUGUGAUGUAUCUCCCCUCGUCCAACGGAACUGACCACAGAACCCAGAGCUUGAACUACAGGAAUUCUCUCGGUGAUGUGACCGCCAAAAACGCCAUCUCGAAGAAUUCGAAACCCCCAAAGUCCAAGGGUAGACUGACUGCGCCAAAUGGCUUGACUAAUGCAUUCAGCAAUGGGAUAAUCUCGGAGAAGUUCAAGGAGAACGGAAAUCUCCAUCGCGAAAGGUCCUUCAUUAACCUGGGCCCGAAGGACCGUGCAUCCAUGAAUUUCUCGAAAUCCUGUGAGAAUAUCUCCGAGAUGAAGCAGCGAAGCUGUUCGCCGUCCAACGAGCCGGAGAAUCUACAAGAUAAGAAGAAUGAUCUUAGUAAUUUGAAACUAGCGAUAAAGCCAAAUCCAAAGGGUAAGCGGUUUACCUUCCAGUCGACGGUGAGGCAGAUCGAACGCAGGAGAUUGGCGGAAAAAUUGUCACGUGAGGCUGAGGCCAAAGAGCGCCAGAGGAAGAGUGAGCUGGAGGCUAUGAGGAAGGUGGAGGAGGAGUUUCAGAGGAAGCGAGCUAAAGAGAAGGCUAAUAUCAGGCAGCAGUUGAGGCUGUACAGUAUGGACGAGAAUUCGAGUAGUUUGCCUCCAGUAUGGGACUCUCACGUGUCUCGUGCGGAUCCGGACGGCGCGCCGUCCUCAUCAGCAUCGUCACCGACUUCCGCACCACCUGGUAAACACACUAGCAAUAGAAAGGCCAGUGUCAGUAGUGACGAGUAUCACAGGAAAAAAGAAUGUCGCAUACAGCAGCAAUCGCAAACGCCGAGAGAAUACAAAGACUAUCGUCCCAAGUACUACGAUUGGGCGGGUAGUAACGAGUCAUCGUCUCAUCUCGAGAUCAAGCAGACCACUGUUCAUCCCAAGGUUGUCUGCGAUAUUCCAAAAAGUUCUCAUGUGUUCGUUGACACGAAUACUCAUACGGGAAAGCCAAAUUCCAGUUCAACGCCACGUUCAGAUAAUUACAGGAAAGAUUUUGCUCACGGUGCUGUCGCAGCCAGAUCGUCCCUGGCCAGCAGUGACAGUGAAUUAUCCCAGCCAAAUACUCGCCCUCACUCUAGACAGAAUGGAAAUAAAAACAGCAAGCCUGUUCGUACUAGGGAAGAGUCAUCGCCAAAGGUUAAUAACGACCAGGAAACAAGAUCGACGACAUUAGCGAGGUCGACGAGUCCAGCUAGGAGCUCAGAGGUCGCAAGUUCAGAGGAAGAGGCACCGGUUGAAGCCAUCAAACAAGAACGCAAUUCCAUCACACCGGGAACUGGAUUUAUUCUCAAUACUGUACAGCCAUUUGUCAGAGAAAAGAGCUAUCGACCUAUUUCGUUCAAUCCUCAACCACCACCACCACCGCCUCCACCAGUAAUCCUGUCGAUGACCUGGCUGAAAGGUCGAGUGGGUGCAGCGUAUUACAACAUCGCGACAUCCGAGUUAUUCGUAAUGGACGACGUAAUCGAAGAUGACUUCAGCUACUGCAUCACAAGAACUCUGUACAGGCAGUGCCAGCCGCGCUACGUGAUCACAUCAUCAGGCAGUCCCGAGGCCUUCACAAACGUCCUGAAGAAGCUGAUCGUGAAGGACACAGCAGACACCUCAAUGUCCAGUGGCUCUGGGCUGGAUCGCGCCUCCCACGUGGCCCUGAAAAUCCUCUCGAAGACCUCAAACACCUUCGAGGACUGCGUUCACCGCGUGAACCUCUUAAACCUGACCUCAGAGCCCCAGGGGAUGACCAGCACGGAGAGAAUAACCUUCCUCAACUCAGUCCUGAAUUACAACUCAAAGCUGAUGCUCCACGCCCUGGGGAUGCUGCUGAAGUACAUCGACACCAACUGGGGGAAACUGGCUCUCGAUCCCAACGGCGAGGCUGUCUACCUCUACGUGAACUACGUGAGACUGAAGGACCUCGUGAUGAUCGAGGAGGAGACGUACAAGGAGCUCAACAUCAUGCAGACGAAGUACCACCCCAGUUUGUUCAAAUUCGGUGCCUCAGUCAAGCACGAGGGGAUGAACCUCUUCACUCUGCUGAACCGAUGUCAAUCGAGGAUUGGGGUCAAGUACCUCUGGAGGCUGAUGCAGCAGCCAACUAGGGACGUGACUGUCCUCCAGGAUCGCUUUCGAGUGACUGAGUUCUUCUUGAACCCUGACAACAGGAAUCUCUUCGAGAGCUUGAGGAGCAGCUUGAAGAACCUCGUUCGCUUGACUCCAGCUCUGCUGAAUCGUUAUGCCACUCCCCUGGCCAAACCCCACGACUGGAAGAAGCUCAGUGCUGCAUUGUCGAGUGUCAUUCACAUUGGGGAGCUGUGUGACUCCUGCAGGGGGUCCGCGAUGAUCUUCAGCAGAGUCGCUGACUCGAUCACCAGGCACAUGCACCAGUCUCGGUACUUCAUUGAUUAUAUCGUCGAUUAUGAGAUGAGCAAGCACCAGGGGAAGUUCGCGGUCCGGGCUGGGGUCGACACUGAGCUCGAUGAGCUGAAUGACAUGAGGAAGUCGCUUCCUGAUAUGCUGGCCAAGUAUGUGAUGAAGGACAUGCCGGCUUUGCCGGAUUCUGUGGACACUGCGAAGCUCAUUUAUCUUCCGGAUAUUGGGUUUCUGCUGGGGAUUACUGGGUGGGUUGGAGAACCCCCUGAGGAGGUCGAGAUCGAGGGGAUGGAGUUCAAGUGCUCCAUCGGGGGGAUACGGCAUUACAAGAGUGACACUGCUAGAGAAUUAGACGAGGGCGUGGGAGAUAUUCUGUGCAAGAUAACUCAUCGUCAGAGUGUUAUUCUCAUGAAACUGAUUGAUUUCCUCAGUGAAGACAUUGUAUCCAUUACUAAGGCCAUUGAAUGCUGUGCAGAACUGGAUGCAUUGAUGUCCCUCUCGACAGUGGCCCGAGAUCACAACUACACCCAGCCAAAAAUUGUGAAAUCCCACGUGAUCGACAUAAAGGAUGGACGACACCCACUUCGCGAGUUAUUCAGUCAGUACGUCGCGAAUGACACGCAAUCCGGAGAAAGUAGCAGUCUGAUCAAGAUCUUUUCAGGUCCAAACGCGUGCGGCAAGACAGCCUACAUGAAGCAGAUAGCACUGAUCGUGUACAUGGCGCACAUCGGCUGCUACGUGUCAGCAAGCUCAGCGCGGAUCGGAGUCAUCACGAAUAUCUUGACGCAAAUUCCCUUGAUGGAGAGCAGCUGUUACAACGCCAGUUCCUUCCUGAUAGACCUCCGACAGAUCAACAACAUUCUCUACUCGUCAACCCCGAAUUCACUGAUCAUCAUGGAUGAGUUUGGAAGAGGGACUGCCGAAAUCGAUGGACUGGCUCUUCUCGCCAGUGUCCUCAACAACUUCAUCAAACGCAAGAACUACUGUCCCCACGUCUUCGUGGCCACCCACAUGCACAGGAUCGGCAGUAUUCUCCCACCAGAUCCAAUCUUCGAGCUGCAGAUGUUUGAUUACGUCUUCAGUGAGGAGAACACCCUGGUCUUCCUGUACAAGGUGAUAUCAGGCUGCGUCGAAAAGAGCUUCGCGCAUGAAGUCGCGAGGAGUAUGGGCUUGGAGGAUGAUGUAUUGAAUGAAGCUGUUGAGAUAUUCGAAUCCAUGAGGAGGGGAGAAAUGCCACCAACGAAACCUCAGGAGGACGGGAGGACUAUGAUGAGGCGUAUUGCUAAUGUAUCGAAGGAUGAGGAGAAUACGGAGGCGGGGAAACUCAAGGAUUUGAUCAAGAACACAAUGAUGAGGGAAUUGUAAA